CAGUUUAUUAUCCUGUGUUCUUUUGUUGCGAAAUGAUGUAAACUUUAUACCAGAUCGAUUGUCUUUUCUGAUGGAUGUAUACCUAUGUCUGAAAGGUUUCUUGUCUUACCUGUGAAUUGCUUCCGGAAGUAAGGGAACAUCUUCACCACUGAGAACGUUGUGACGGGGUUCAGGCACGAUAGCGGGCCGAUAAGCCUUAUCAAAUGUUUGUAAACCCGUGCCCGCUCCUCAGAAUUAACUUCAUCAAGACCAAACACUUGCACAACAGAUUAUCCUUUAAUCAUUUGUGAAAUUCAUUAUCUACUGAGGUGUUUUGAUGGACUUACAGGAAGUUACUUACGGAAUUAACACGUAUUGACUCUUGUUACGAUAAGAAUUAAAAUCAUGCAUGGAUUCUGAGAACGAAAUGGGUACUCUUCGUGAUCUGCAGUUAUCACUCAGCGAGAAAAUCCAAGAGCUGCGUCAACGGGACGAGCUCAUUGACGAGCUUGAAUCUGAGCUUGACGAUAAAGAUGACUUAAUUAAGAAGUUACAAAAUGAGUUGGAUAAGUACAGAUCUAUUCUAAAACCUGCCUCCACAGUUGUCCAACCCGCCAAAAAAAGGCUAGCACAGUCAAGGGACCGUAUCAAAAGGACAGCGAUAUCGGCGGAAUCUCCAAACUGUAGUACGGUUUUAGCGUCACGUAAAACGGUUAAGGUACCGAAAUCUAAUGCUUCCCGAGAGCUAAUACGACAAGCUAUCCUUGACAAUGACUUCAUGAAGAAUCUAGACAUGGGGCAGAUUCGGGAGAUCGUGGACUGCAUGUACCCCGUGGAGUACACCAAAGACAGUCUGAUCAUCAAAGAAGGAGAUGUGGGUUCUCUCGUCUACGUCAUGGAAGAGGGUAAAGUGGAAGUGACAAAAGAUGGACAGAAAUUAUGUACGAUGGGGCCCGCCAAGGUAUUUGGGGAACUGGCCAUACUCUACAACUGUACCAGAACCGCGAGUGUCAAAGCCCUGGUGAACUGUAAGCUAUGGGCGAUAGACCGGCCAUGUUUCCAGAGUAUAAUGAUGAGAACAGGGCUAAUGAGACACGAGGAGCAUAUGGAGUUCCUAAGGAGUGUUCCGACUUUUAAACAGCUUCCAGAGGAAUUAGUCAGCAAGAUUGCUGAUGUCCUCGAAGAGGCUCAUUACAAUAAUGGGGAAUACAUCAUUCGUCAAGGAGCACGAGGAGACACUUUCUACAUUAUAGCCAAGGGCAAGGUGAAGGUGACCAGACGUCAUUCUAAGACUGGUGAUGAACAGUUGAUACGCUGCUUACAGAAGGGAGAGUUCUUCGGGGAACGUGCACUACAAGGGGAGGAUGUUAGAACAGCUAACAUUGUGGCGACGGAUCCAUCAGGGGUGGAUUGUCUCGUCAUUGACAGAGAAUCGUAUUCGCAGCUGAUAAGUGACCUUGAUGAACUUAAGCGCGUGUACGAGGAUGACGAGGAGAAGGCCGUGGCUGAUCAAGAGUUAAUGAAACUGAAGUUGAGCGAUCUCAGUAUUGUCGCAACUCUUGGAGUCGGUGGCUUUGGCAGGGUUGAACUGGUUCAAGUCAACAAUGAUACGUCUCGAACAUUUGCCCUAAAAAUUCUUAAAAAGCACCACAUAGUGGAAACGAGGCAGCAGGAACACAUUAUGAACGAGAAGAAAAUCAUGUCAGAGUCUCGCUCUGAAUUCAUCGUCAGGUUAUAUCGAACUUUUAAAGACCGGAAGUACCUUUACAUGUUACUGGAGGUGUGUUUAGGUGGAGAAUUGUGGACUGUACUCCGAGAUAAGGGUUCUUUUGAUGACGCCACCACAAGGUUUUACACGGGUUGUGUUGUGGAAGCCUUCGCCUAUCUGCAUGCCAAGGGCAUUGUCUACAGAGAUCUCAAGCCAGAAAAUUUACUUCUAGAUUCUCAGGGAUACGUCAAACUGGUUGACUUUGGUUUCGCUAAGAAGGUUGGUCUAGGAAGGAAAACAUGGACAUUCUGUGGGACCCCAGAAUAUGUGGCUCCAGAAAUAAUCCUCAAUAAAGGGCACGACAUAUCGGCGGACUUCUGGUCCUUAGGGAUCCUCAUGUUUGAACUCCUCACAGGAAGCCCACCAUUUUCAGGACAGGAUCCUAUGAAAACUUACAACAUUAUCUUAAAAGGCAUUGACGCCAUUGAUUUUUCGAGAAAAAUCAGCAAAAACGCCCAAAAUCUUAUUAAAAAACUGUGUCGUGAGACGCCAUCUGACAGACUAGGGUUUGGCAGAGGGGGAAUUCGAGAGAUCCAAAAACACAAAUGGUUCGAAGGCUUUAACUGGGAUGGACUAAAGAAGAGGACAUUAAAACCUCCAAUUACUCCUCAUGUAAAGUCGGCAACAGAUACCUCAAAUUUUGACGACUACCCGGAUGAGGACGAUGAUCCUCCACCAGAUGACGUCACAGGUUGGGAUAGAGACUUCUGAUAACGCCAUCGAUAAAUGAGUAGUUUGAAAAAAAAAUGUCUUUCUUGAAAUCCUCGACUGUCGUGGAGCUACAACAGAGUGCAGAUCACCCCAAGUUGCAUUCGGUAUGCAGCGUGAAGGGCUUUCAUAGUUUCCAUAGUGAUCAGUGACGCCAUUUAACUUCGUCCAAGGUCAGCGGAUUACAAAGAUUA